AAUUAAUAAGGUAAGGAAGACUUCGAUUGAGAAUGCCAACAUUUGCUGUAUACACCAACUUGUCAAAAGACAAGAUUCCGAAGGACUUUCUUCAACAAGCCUGUGCUUUUGUUGCAAAAGAAUUAGACAAACCAGAACACUAUGUAAUCGUGCGAGUCCAUGCAGACCCAAUGAUGUGCAUUGGAAUGUCUUCUGAUCCGUGUGCAAGUAUUGAGGUGAAAAACAUUACAGAUGGGGCCAAAAAUAAAGAACAUGCUGUAAACAUUACCAACUUUGUGGAAAGUACACUAAACAUCCCAAAGGACAGGUUUUUUAUUACAUUUACAAACUUGAGAAAAGAAGAAGUGGCAUUAAAUGGAAAAACCUUUGCAUGAGGAGUUAUAGUGAAGAUAACCCAAACAAUGAGGAUAUUGACUUGAAGGAGGAAUAUAAUCUGCCUAGUGCCAUAUUUAUACCAUUAAAUCAAUAAAUAAAAUCAUUUUGUUCCUUAUGUUUCUAUAUAUAUGCAUGUUUUUAUACCCCCACAAGGCCACAAACGAAGCUGGGAGGAGGAGGAGGAGAAAGGGGUAUACUAGAAUCACUAUGUUCAUCAGUCUCUAAGUCCUAUGCAAUUUUCUCUAUAUUUAAAUUUUUUCCCAAACUUUGUAGAAUUAAUACGAAGCAUUUCAAUAAAAUGUGUACUCAGUC